UAAAACUGCUUGCGUGUUAAAAAGAAUAUCACAAGUUUAAAUUAGAAUUUCUUUUAUUGCUUUAAAUCAAAUAGUAAAAUCUUAUUCACUCUAAACAUAAUAUUACGUACUAUAAAUUAAUAAAACAUAAAUAAAAUAUUUUUUUAUGUUUUAAAGCCAACAAAGAAAGUUUCUUUCAACAAUGGAAAUCAAAAAGAAAGAUUCUGAAGUUCCUACUUUAUUUACUGAAACUUCAAGAAUUAUAGGAUUAACUGAUUUAAAUGUAGACAGAGAUGACGAUGAAGAAAGAGAAAAAUCUGAUAAAUGGAGCCCUUUGCUUAUUCUGUCAGGAGCAACAUGUUGUUUGGGUUCAGCAGUACCUGCAGGAUUUAACAUAGGAGUAAUCAAUACGCCUGAAAAUUUAAUGAAAGCUUUUUGCAAUGAAAGUGUAAGACAACAUUAUGGAAUGCAGAUUUCUGAUGAUGGAUUAAAUAUUUUGUGGUCAGCAGUAGUUUCAAUUUUUUUAAUUGGGGGAGUCUCAGGAUCUUUAACAUCAAGUAUUUUUGCUAAUAAACUGGGUAGAAAAGGAACUCUUGUAAUAGGAAAUAUAUGUGGGAUAUUAGGAGCUGUUGUGUUUCUUCUAGCACCAACAUUAAUAUCUGUUGAGCUCCUGUUAAUCGGGCGUUUAUUAGUCGGUUUAUCGGGGGGUCUUGCUACAAGCUUAUUGCCAAUGUAUCUGAGUGAAUUAUCGCCUCUGAAAUUAAGAGGUACACUCGGUGUUCUAUGUCAAUUGGGUAUUACCAUUGGAGUGCUAUUAGGUCAAAUUGUUAGUUUGGAUACAGUAUUAGGCACCGAAAAUCACUGGUCCUACAUGUUGGCCAUUUUUUCACCGUUAUGUAUUCUUUCAUUGCUUUUAACACCAAUUUUGCCUGAAAGUCCAAAGUUUUUGUACGUAAUAAAAGAAUCGCACGAUAAAGCAAUUAAUGAAUUAAAACGUUUACGUAAUCAGGAUAUGAAUAAAUUACGCCACGAGAUAGCAUUAUUGGAUCAAGAACGAGCAAUUAGAGCAGGCGUUAAUGAUUGGAAUAUUCAUCGAGUUGUUAGUGAUCCGUGUUUGAGAUUACCACUUCUUUUAGUAAUUUUUUCACAAUUUGGUCAGCAAUUGAGUGGCAUUAAUGCUGUUUUCUAUUAUUCAAAUUCAAUAUUUAAAACAGCAGGAUUAGGAAAAGCAAUUUCUCAAUAUGCAACUAUUGGAACAGGAUUGGGAAACGUUUUCAUGGCUUUAAUUUCAGCAUUAUUAAUGUCUCGUAUUGGUAGAAGACCAUUACUCCUUAACAGCUGUUACUUAAGUGCAUGCUGCUUAUUAGUUCUUUGUUUUACAAUAUUAUUCUCAAACACUGUCAACUUUAUGAUGUGGUUGUCUAUAUUAGCAAUACAAGCUUAUGUGAUAUUUUACGGGCUGGGACUUGGUCCAAUACCAUAUUUCAUUGGAUCUGAAUUAUUCGAUGUUGGACCUAGACCAGUUGCAAUGGCCCUUGGAAGUGUUGCUAAUUGGGGUGGAAACUUUAUAGUUGGAAUGACUUUUCCUCUUUUACAAAAAUCAAUUGGUCCUUUUACAUUUCUUAUAUUUAUUGCUUGCACUUUGACUUUGUCUGUCUUUAUAAGACUGUAUUUACCUGAAACUCGAGGAAAAACUACUGUUGAAAUAGCCUCCUCUAUGACGCUUGGAUUUAAAUCUCGAGUCAUCAACAACAGUAAUUAAAUAUACUUAAAAAAACUCAUUUAGAUUGUAAUUAAAAAAGUAAGAUAACAUUGUAUAAAAGUAAAUAUAAAAAUCCAACAUGGGUAAAAAUCUUGAAAAUAAAAAGUGUGGCAACAAAAGGAAAAA